GUCUCGCGGAAGUGGAGAGAGACAGUCAACACAAACAUUCUAGACAUCUAUACUUUGUCAAAAAAAUAUUAGAAAUAAAAGUAUAACUUACUCUAAUAAAUCAGUAUAUAUUUAAUUUACUUAAAAUGAACCGAUCUGAGAGUCUCAGGUCGGAGACAGCUAUGUCUUCUGUUUUAACUAUUGAUCCUGGUGCUAGCAGUAGCAGUACAAGCACCAGCAAUACAACAAACACACGAAGUGUUAGAAUCAACGUUAUGGAAGGAGUUGGAGCUCGAGUUGUUAGGGGACCUGACUGGAAGUGGGGUAAACAAGACGGGGGAGAAGGACAUAUAGGUACUGUUCGAAAUUUCGAAUCACCUGAAGAAGUCGUUGUUGUCUGGGAUAAUGGAACAGCAGCAAAUUAUAGAUGUGCAGGAGCUUACGAUUUGAGAGUGCUGGACAGUGCUCCAACAGGAAUUAAACAUGAUGGUACAAUGUGUGACACAUGUAGACAACAGCCUAUAUUUGGAAUUCGGUGGAAAUGUGCAGAAUGUCAAAACUUUGAUUUAUGCUCUGUGUGCUACCAUGGGGAUAAACAUAACAUGCGACACAGAUUUUACAGGAUAGCAAACCCAGGAAAUGAAAGAAUUCUUAUAGAACCAAGAAGAAAAAGUAAAAAAAUUACAGCCCGGGGUAUUUUCCCUGGCGCUAGAGUAGUCAGAGGAGUUGAUUGGCAAUGGGAGGAUCAAGAUGGUGGAAAUGGAAGAAGAGGAAAAGUUACUGAAAUACAGGACUGGAGUGCUGCAAGUCCUCGAAGUGCUGCUCAUGUUCUGUGGGAUAAUGGAGCUAAAAAUCUCUAUAGAGUGGGCUUUGAGGGGAUGGCUGAUUUAAAAGUUAUGAAUGAUGCUAAAGGAGGAUCUUUUUACAGAGACCAUUUGCCCUUAUUAGGGGAACAAGGUCCUGGGUCAAGGUCUGGCCCAUGUGGUCUUGCUAUCGGAGACCAGGUAAAUGUAGACCUGGACUUGGAAAUAGUGCAGUCCUUGCAGCAUGGACAUGGCGGCUGGACUGAUGGAAUGUUUGAGUGUCUAGGAACAACUGGCACUGUGGUGGGCAUUGAUGAGGAUCAUGAUAUUGUUGUUUCUUAUCCAAGUGGAAACAGAUGGACGUUUAAUCCUGCAGUCUUGACUAAAGUGAGUACAGCCAGCAGCUCCACGUCCAUUGCCAGUGACACAAGUACAGCAGCUCAGUUUGCUGUGGGGGAUCUGGUCCAGAUCUGUAGCGAUGCUGAGAGGAUCAAAGUACUACAGCGAGGCCAUGGUGAAUGGGCAGAAGCUAUGAUGCCUACUCUGGGAAAGAUAGGCAGAGUACAACAGAUCUAUCAUGACAAUGACCUUAAAGUGGAAGUCUGUGGAACAUCAUGGACUUACAACCCCCUGGCUGUCACUAAGGUAGCAUCUGCAGAUGGAGCAGCCAUCAGUUGUUCAUCAGGAGAACGACUGAGUGCGCUGUUAAAAAAACUUUUUGAAACUCAUGUUUCUGGUGAUGUGAAUGAAGAGCUAGUCAAAGCUUCGGCCAAUGGGGAUGGAGUUAAGGUGGAUGAGAUUCUUCAGAGACCUGAAUCAGAUGUUAAUGGAGUUUUUGCUGGACACACAGCCCUACAAGCUGCCUCACAAAAUGGACAUAUCGAAGUUAUCAAAGUGCUCAUUAAGCAUGAUGUCAACAUGGAAGUUGAGGAUAAAGAUGGUGACAGAGCAGUGCAUCAUGCAGCUUUUGGAGAUGAACCUGCGGUGAUUGAAUUGUUACACAGAGGGGGAGCUGAUCUCAAUGCUCGCAACAAAAGGCGGCAAACACCACUCCACAUAGGUGUCAAUAAGGGACAUAUUGGUGUUGUACGCUCUCUGCUGGUGCUGGGAAGUCACCCGAGUCUGCAGGAUUCAGAAGGGGACACAGCCUUGCAUGAUGCUAUCAGUAAGAAACGAGAUGAUAUGAUAGCCCUCCUUCUUGAGCAUGCUGCUGACAUCACCAUCACCAACAAUAAUGGCUUCAAUGCUCUACACCACGCUGCUCUACGAGGAAACCCUAGUGCCAUGCGCAUCUUGUUGACGAAGCUGCCCCGCCCCUGGAUCGUGGACGAGAAGAAAGACGACGGCUACACAGCCCUGCACCUUGCCUCCCUCAACAACCACGUCGAGGUGGCCGAGCUGCUAGUGCAUCAGCAUGGCACAAAGUCCAGCCAAGACCCAACCACUCAGCCUCCUAGCCACACACCAGCUAAAGCAGGCAAGGCCAACAUGGACAUCCAGAACGUCAACCUGCAGACCCCCCUCCAUCUGGCAGUGGAGAGACAGCACACACAGAUUGUUCGACUGCUGGUCAGAGAGGGCUGUAACCUGAACAUUCCUGACAAGGACGGGGACACGCCCCUCCACGAGGCCUUGAGACACCACACGCUCUCACAGCUGCGCCAGCUCCAGGACAUGCAAGACGUCGGCAAGCUGCUGAUGGGGCUGGGGACACCUGGGGCGGAUAAGAAAUCCAGCGCAUCCAUUGCCUGCUUCCUGGCUGCCAACGGAGCCGACCUCAAUCUGAAGAACAAAAAGGGGCAGACACCGCUGGACCUGUGCCCAGACCCCAACCUGUGCAAGGCCCUGGCGAAAUGUCACAAGGAGAGAAACAGCCCUGCCCUGACGGCACCAAACGCUGCCAUUAUCCGCAAUGACCAGGAGAGUCUGGAGGAGUGCAUGGUCUGCUCAGACCAGAAGAGGGACACGCUGUUUGGACCCUGCGGACACAUCUGCACCUGCUCACUCUGCUCACCCAGGGUCAAGAAGUGCCUCAUGUGUAAAGACCCUGUACAGUCCAGGACAAAGAUUGAGGAAUGUGUUGUGUGUUCUGACAAGAAAGCCACUGUACUCUUUAAGCCUUGUGGCCACAUGUGUGCUUGUGAUGGCUGUGCUAACCUGAUGAAGAAAUGUGUUCAAUGCCGAGCUUCUAUUGAGAAGACAAUACCAUUCAUUGUUUGCUGUGGUGGGACACCGCCACCUGAGCCUCAGAAACCUGGCAUCAUGAACAACGGCUCCCGCGAUGUCAGCCGCGACAUUCAGAAGCUCCAGCAACAGCUGCAGGACAUCAAGGACCAGACGUGCUGCCCAGUGUGUAUGGACAGGCUGAAGAACAUGAUCUUCCUGUGCGGCCAUGGAGCCUGCCAGCUGUGUGGUGACCGGCUCAAUGAGUGCCCCAUCUGUAGGAAAUCUGUGGAGAAGAGGAUCCUGCUCUAUUGAGUCAUAGGUGGCCAAACAUAAACCUUCUGACAUAUCUGGCCUAAUAAACAUUGUAAUACAUGGACACAGUAUGAAUGUAAGCUAUGUACAGGUGAUGGAUAUAAAACUCAAGAUGAUAAAUGACCCAUUCAAAAACAAAUUGUACUUAAUUUGGUCAUCUUGGAUUUUAUAGUUCCCAGUCAUACCUGUGAGCUCAUUAGUUACAUCAGAUGUGGUCAUAUACAUUUGUCAGCUCUAGUGGUCAAAUGUGGUCUUUAAUGUUUGUGGUCUUGUGAGCUAGACAUUUUUUAAAUGUGUUUCGGAUUUUGAUGUGUAAAUUGUAAACAUGUUGAGUUAUAAAUAGAAUUCUCCACAUGGUUGGUAGACAACAGUUAACGUGGGAUUUAAGUAUUUGAAUAUUGUUUGUGUUUUAUUGUCCUUCCCAUAUCAUGUACAAAAUACACUUGCCAUCAUCUGUUUUUUGUACAAUGUUUUUUGCCUGGCUUAUUGAAGAUUAAAUCUUAAAAAGACUACAAUACCUCUCCUUAGUAAAAUUGUUUAUAUAGUCCAUGAUUAUCCGUAGAACUGCCAUUAAAAUUUAGGUGCUUCCUUUUAAUUUAUUGAUAUAUAUUUAUUUUUACAUAUAUAUGUAUAGUCCUUAAACUAUAUGUGUAUAUGUAGUUGGUUCAGAUAACUAGAAAAAAAUCUGACCUGAAAUGUUCUGGUUCCAAAAAAUGGAGGGACGCCUAUAAUUUCAAUAAAGCUGAUAAAAUAAUGCCUGGUUUCAAGAGUUAAUCUUCAUGGAUUAGAUCAUGAUAGGACAUGUGGCAGGAUUAGGGGUGUGACAGCUGGAGACAGGCUAUUGUUUGGUGACAGGUUAGACAUCCUAAUUUCAUCAAGACAAAAAUUGUAGGCAGUGGAGGAAAAAAAAACUGAAAACCAAUUAAUUUUUUAUACUGACUUCCUAUAUUUUUCUUUCAUGUGUAAAAAAAUGUAUUUUUAUUUGUCAAACUGUGGUUUGUGUUGUAAGCAAGAAAUCUAUCAUUCAAUAUUGUGUUGAUUGUAGUUGAUGCUUUUUUUUAUAAUGCAACUUAACUUGUUACAUAAGUAAAACACAAGUAUCGGAUAACUGGCUUUAAUAGCCACUAUUUGCCGGUCACAUUAAAAUAAACAUCACCUCAUAUAAUUGAACACAAUUUACAAUUAUGAUCCAAUUAUUUUUAUGUAAAAACUUACUGAAUUUUUGGUACAAUUAUUGCAAUGUUUAACAAUGCUUAUGAAUAACUUUAAUAAAGAUCUUUACUAUAUGCAUAUCCUACUAGUAAUAAGGAAUGAAUGAUAUCAAAUGUCUGUAUAUUCCACAACAAAAGUUAUUAAAGAAUGGAAAUUUUUAAUAGCUAUUUUCUAUAAAUAGAUGUUGAUUUGUCCCCAUUGUCCAUUGGUUGUUUAUUUUCAACCUGCUAUCCAUUUUUUCGCUAAUUUAAUUUAAUUCACAUUGUGUAUUUCCCAUUUCUUUGCUUUGUCUUUCAUGCAUGCAUUAAAUUAAUGAGUUAGCCAAGUGCUACUUGUAGCCAGUAUCUCAUGGCAUUUCCUGGUGUGUAACCUGUGCAUUUGCGUAUUUUUAUCAUUUCUGCCUAAACCAUUUUUUUUUCAUGUGAAGUGUUUAAAAAAAAUUUUAAUCUGUAACUUAAUAUCAAAUGGCUUUGUAAUACAUGAAAGUAUUUUUAUUGUAUUAAAAACAAUUGUAUGUGCUGUUACCAAAAAACGUCCUAAAAAUCCCCAUAUUAUUCAAAUGAUUUUGUUAGGCAAACUACUUUUUUUAUCAUUUUCAUAUUAAAGCCUUUCCUUAAUUGUCUAAGGAUGUUCUGCAAAAAUAACUUACAAAUAUAAAUUUUCUCUACUUCAUUGUGUAAUGAACUGAGAUAAAAAUAAUUAUACUUUAACUGCACUAUGUCAUUCAGAUGAAACCUGAUUUAUGUAAAACUUCAUGUGUCUGUUAAUAAUUUUUUAGUUUUAGUUGUAACAAAAAGCCAUUAAACCAGGGCCUUGACAUUUAACCCACAUCUAGUCCAUGCUUUGUAAAUUUAUCGUCAAAUUCAUUAUAACAUAUUUGUUAUUUCUGAUAUUUUUAGAACUGUCGUAUUAAGUAUUAAAAUUUGGGGUGUGUGGUUAUAGGAAUUUUUUUGUGUUUUGCAUGUUAGUUGUCAAUUGGCAAUAAUUAUGAUACAUAGUCUGCUUAAAAAAAUAAUUUACGAGAUAUUUUUUAAAGGUCUGUUAAAAAGAAAAGAAUUUUCUAGAUAUUUCUGAAACAUUUCGAAAAUAUCAAGAAAAUUUUCUUAGACAUGUUUGUGCUGUGUUAUAUAUUUUUUUUAAUUUGAUAACUUCUAAAAAAUAAAUGAACUAUUUCAUUAUAGCAUUUCAAAUACGAUGUUUUGAAUGUUGAAAAUUUACAAACAAUUCGAUUAUUAGAAAUCUAUUAUUUAAUUCAGAUUUCUUUUAUUCUUUAAAUUAUCAAAAGAUUUAAACAGAGGAUUAUUAUAUUUUUUUACCAUAUGUUUCUUGUUAAAAUAUAUUUUUUUUAGUUUUUAAAGCCACUGCUAGUAACCUUGUCUAAAAUCUAAUUUUGGUUUCGUACUUGGGUUUUAGCUAUUUCUCACUGGCCAAGUUACCCUCUGUUUUUAUGGACCUCACUAGUCAGAUAGUUGCCAGAUUUCCACUGACUACUGCCAAAUUUUUUAUUUGUCAAAAUAAUGAUUUGAUGGCAGUAAGUUUGAGCAAAAUUUUACAUCACAUGUAAAAGUCCUUGGCAGAAAAACAAUUUUUUUUUGUUUUCAACGUGGAAGAUUAUUGUAGGAUGCUACAUUUUCCUAUUUAGUUUUUGUUUCAUCAACAGUUGUAUUAAAUUUAUAAAACCAUUAUCAUAUUUAGCAUAUUGCAUUCAUUAAUUGUAAAUAUGAUUUUGGAUAUUCAAAUGGAAACUAAUUUAUUACAAUUCAUUUUUAACAAGAUUUUAGUAACAACCUUAUUUACAGUUCCUAGUAAAAACAACUGCACAGUAUAGUUGUUUUACAACUAUAUGAUAGAAAGUGGUAGUAUGCCAUCAUUAAAAUCUUGUAUUUUUAAAUUGUGACUACAAAAAAACUGGACUAACUAAUGAAAAUCAAAUUGACAUGCUUAUAUUAAUUUUAAAAAAUUGUAUGUACUGUUUUGUUUUAUUUAUGUGUACGUAGUGUAGGGCAUGAUUUACAUUGUAAUUUGAUUUCUGGCUUUUUUUAAACAAAACAUCUAAUAAAAUUUUGAAGC